UCACAUAUUUUUUAAAGGUGAAAGACUGAUAAUUUCCCCAUUCCCCCCUCACCCCGGUUUUUAGGUGUGAAAGAGGAGAAUGUUGUGACGUCAGCCAAAACAGAGCAAGGGAACUACUUUUGUCAUGGUGAGAUGGUAAUGUUGGAGGAGUGCAGGGAGUAGCGAGUGGCUGGCAGGCAGCACCGCAGCGGCACAACAAUGCUGAGCUAUGACGGGCUGCAGGACGUGCUGACAGCGGCAGUGGUGGUGGUGGCGGUGGCCGUGGUGGUGGCAGCGGCCUGGAUCUCCACCAGCGUGCGGGAGCAACCACUGGUGGCGACAGCAGUGGUGGUGUUUCACAGCGGUGGAACAGUGGAGAGCAGUGGCAGCAGCAGUGUCAGCAAUGGUGGUAGUGGUGGUGAUGUGAACACGACAGAGACACAGGGCAGUGAGGCGGCGGCCACGUCCAUGGAGAAAGACAGUGAGUCAAUGCAUGGGGUGGUGCAAGACUCAGACAGGACUCAGCCAGUGAACUCUAGUGAUGCAGAGGCUGCGGGGGGCGGGGAUGUGGGGCCGGGGGGCAGUCAGGGGGCUUCCGGCGAGUGCUCCCCGCCAGAGAGGAUGCGGGAGGACGGGCCAGAGAUGGAGGUGAGGAGGAGACGGCUGCAGCAUUUUGUGUCCAUGGGAGGCGCGGCAGACAGCGCAGCAGACAGCACAGCAGACAGCACAGCAGACACCACAUCAGAAGAGAGACUACCCACCCCUGCUGACACUGAUACAGGCGCCCCAGCAGAUGCCCGUUGCCAGGAGGAGGUUGAAAAGAAGAAGGAAGAGGAGGAGGUGCAGGAUGGCGAGGAGGGAAGAGAGGAACGGCCGCCUGGGAGCAUUAGAAUUCGCCUCAAGUUUCUGGACGAGACACAGCGUCAUGUCUUUGCUCAACUCACCGAGAAAGUUGGGAGUUUUAAAAGGCAACACUUUUCUAUCGAGCUGGAUGCGAACCGACACAUUCGCCUCAUCUUCAACGGUCAGCUUCUUAGCCAAGAUUCCUCUACGUUGGCACAGUAUGGCCUCUUUGAUAACUGCGUGGUGCACUGUCAUGUCUCCCAACCCCAGCUGCUCCCACACACUUCAGGGCGGUCUGGGGAGGCUGCAGCACAGGAGGAGGAGGAUGCGUAUGUGUCCAGACUCUUGGCACCACUCCUCUACGCUGUGAUGGUGUUGAUGUGGUACUUACGCUAUGAGUAUGGACACCUAUUCAACACCAUGUCCACCAUUAUCCUGCUCUUCCUCACUGCUCUGCUUCUCAUCUCCACCUACCUGCUGUACGUCACACACCACGUGCCUGAGGGUUCUGCCGCCACACACAUCCCCCUGGCAGGCCGCACCAUCACCCGAACGUCCUCCACCACAUCCACUGCUGCCACAUCACCUGCCUCCUCCUGAGCUACCCUUACGAGGUACACAGUGUCUGGCAUCUAUAGUUUUUUCAGUUUUAUCGGCGAGUUUAUUUUCCUUCUCGGUGUGACCUGGGAGGCCGCGUAACCCUGAGAGAUGUGGAGGUUUGCCAUCUGGGUUGCGCGUUGGAGGUCACGUACCGCAGAAGUCUUUGUGGCGUGUGGCGGCGUGUUUGGUCAGUCACCUUUGAUUAUUUGUCACUGGUCAGGUUUGGCGGGGUUUGCUGACACAUGCACGAGGGGUAAGAUGUGAUGGGGGUCCUGUCUGUGUGUAUGUGUGUGUGCGUGAGUCUGUAAUUUAUUGUCGUUUAUUGUGAUAAUCAUUUUAAGGCACACAAACAGAUGUUCUUUCACCUUUCUGUUGCUGAAUUGAUGAAAUGUAUCUUAUUUGUCUAAUUUUCUGCUGGAGUUGGUUUUGUUUUUUUUGUUCUUUGUUGUAGCAGGAUCUCUUAACUGUGCAGUGUGUAUAUAUGUGUAUUUUUUUUUUUUUUAAGUUUCCUGUGUUUAUGAUGAAUAGAAUAAGUUUUUUUUUGAUUAAUUAAGCUUUUUUUUUUUCAUGAAGGAAUGAAAGCGCUUGUUAUUAUAUUUAUCUCUACGCUUAAGAAUGAAACCGUCAAGAACUUACAUUUUACGGAGCAGGAAAAUAAGAAAAUAAAGAAAGAAAGAAACAGUUAAGAGAUCCUGACAAACAAGAAACAAAGAUAUAUGGUAUGUUUUUUUUCUUUUUUUUUUUUAUCAUAUCAAAUUCCGUUUUUCCCACCAAUUGAGUUUCGUUUCACUUAUACUGUGUCUUCUGGUGUAUAACGCUUUUUAUACACUGUAUAUACAUUAUGAGGCUUCUUUGAGGACUGACAGUGGAGGAGGAGGAGGAGGAAA